AUGUCCUUGUCGGUUCAAUCACGCCACCUCAUUGUGUACAAGGAGGGAAGCAAGGCGAGGGAGGAGCUGGUUAGCGUUUUCAAUUUCCUGCCAUUCUAUCUGCCUCUCAUCGCUCAGGACCUCGACCGCAUUGUGUACCUGGACUCGGACGUUGUUGUUGUGGGGGACAUUGCGGAAUUGGCUCAUGUUGACAUGGGCGGCAUGGCAGCAGCAGCGGUGGAGGACUGCAUGCAGACAUUCGACCAGUACUUCGAUUUUAAUCAACUCGCCGAGAUCCAUGCACGGAAGAAACCUGACCAGCCGCGGAUGCCUAAAUUCCCUUUUGAUAAGACAGCAUGUGUCUUUAACAGAGGAGUGCUGGUUAUGGAUGUGCAGCAGUGGCUAGCUCAGAACAUGACCGAAUCCAUUGAGUGGUGGAUGCAGCAGCACAAUGAUGCCAAAGAGCCUUUGUACCGGUAA